AUGGGGAGUGUGAGGAAGAAGAAAAAUGAAGAUGAUAAAUCUGCUCCAGACAUGCAUAAUCAUUUCUUUUGUUAUACUUGUAUCUGCAAUAGAGGAAGACCGAAAGAGAAGAUGGUUUUUAUUGCUUACAUGGGAUUUCUACCUGAAGGCGAAUAUUCUGCUUCUUUGCAUCACUACGAAAUCUUGAAAAAUAUUACCAGCCACAGGUUCGCAAGCAAGGCACUGAUAAGGAGUUACCAAAAAAGCUUCAAUGGAUUUGCAGCUUAUCUCUCUGAAGAAGAAAAACAAAAGUUGGCUGGUUAUGAAGGGAUCGUCUCGGUAUUCCCAUGUCAAAAGUUGCACCUCCAGACAACGAGGUCGUGGGACUUCAUGGGAUUUCCAACAACAAUCAAACGAAGUCCUGUUGGUGAAAGCAACACGAUCAUUGGUGUCAUUGACAGUGGAAUAUGGCCAGAGUCGGAGAGCUUCAGUGAUGAAGGCUUCGGUCCAAUUCCAGAAAAGUGGAAAGGAGAGUGUCAGGGUGGGACAAAUUUCACUUGCAACAGGAAGAUAAUUGGAGCCCGUUCAUAUAUCGUGGGAGAUUCUGUUAGGGACACGAAAGGGCAUGGAACUCAUGCUUCUUCUAUAGCAGCCGGGAGCCAUGUUUAUGAAGCAAGCUAUUACGGUAUAGCAAAAGGAAUUGCCAGAGGGGGAGUCCCUUCCGCAAGGCUUGCUGUUUACAAAGUUUGUGGCGCAUUCUGUGAGGUUAGAGAUAUCUUAAAGGCUUUUGAUGACGCAAUAUCAGAUGGAGUGGACAUAAUAUCCAUUUCAGUUGGUCAAGAUCAUCAGGUUGACAUUACCUCAGAUCCGAUCGCAAUUGGUGCCUUCCAUGCGAUACAGAAAGGCAUACUAACAGUUCAAGCUGCCGGGAAUGCUGGUCGGUUGUUUUCCGUCACUGGAUUUGCUCCGUGGAUCUUUUCUGUUGCUGCAAGUAAUACAGAUAGAAGAAUUAUUAAUAAAGUUCUUCUAGGGGAUGGUUCGGUUCUAGAGGGUACCUCUGUAAAUGCUUUCCCAUCAAGUCAAGAAGAAGUGCCUCUGGUUUAUGGGAGACAAGUGACAAGCAUAUGCUCAGAAACUGAAGCAAGACAGUGUAGCGCCGGGUGCUUAGACGGUAGUCUCAUAAAGCAAAAGGUGGUUAUUUGUGAUAAAAAUAACAACGCCGAUUUAGUAAAAGAAGCAGGAGCCCUUGGCUGUAUUGUUCCAAACCACGGCCGAUACAAUUACUCAGAUGUCGGACCAUUGCCUGUUGCAGCUCUUGGUAUAAAUGACAUGAAUUUGGUCAAAACAUACCAAAACUCUACGAAGAAACCUCAAGUUCAAAUUUUCAAAAGCCAAGCUAUAUACAAUCCAGCUGCUCCUCUUAUUGCCUCAUUUUCUUCCCGAGGUCCUAGCAAAUUUAUACCCGAUAUUAUAAAGCCUGAUGUAACGGCCCCUGGUGUGGAAAUUCUGGCGGCCUAUUCACCAAUGGCUUCACCAUCGGAGUCCUUUAUCGACAAAAGCUCUGUCAACUACACCAUCCUAUCAGGCACAUCCAUGGCUUGCCCACAUGUUGCUGCUGCUGCUGCUUUUGUUAAGUCUUUUCAUCCAAAUUGGUCUCCAUCCGCAAUCAAAUCUGCACUCAUGACCACAGCAUGGGAAAUGGAUCCUAGCCAGAACUUAGAUGCUGAAUUUGCAUAUGGGUCUGGACAUAUUGAUCCGCAAAAGGCUAAAGAUCCAGGGCUUGUGUAUGACAUCUCUGAAGAAGACUAUCAAAUGAUAUGGUGCAACAUAUCUCACAGCGUAAAUGCUAGUUGUCAUGCCAAAUUUCCGCUUAGACAACUAAAUUACCCUUCAAUGGUGGCACGAGUUGAUGUGAAAUCUGCAUUUGUGCUGUCGUUUCCUAGAACGGUGACCAAUGUGGGUGAUGCUAAUUCCAAGUAUGUUGCCUCCAUACAAGGAGAUUCAAAGCUCAACAUCCGUGUAGAUCCAAACAUUCUACAAUUCACUUCAUUAAACCAAACAAUGUCUUUCGUGGUGACUGUUGAAGGAAAAGGCAUCAAGUCACCACUAACAAUAAAGAGUGGGUCUUUGUUAUGGACCAGUGAUAAGCACAAAGUCCGCAGUCCAGUUGUGGUGUAUACCGGGAAUGCUAGCACUAGCAGUGGAGGAGUCUCAACACCAUCAACAUUUUGUAAAACCUAUGUUAUUCUUUUUGUUUGCAUUAUUAUAGCCCAUUGUAUUUAGAUAGUCUAAGAACUAUAUAUUAUUCAUGUCAUCAAGCUUUUAUGUUAGAUAUUGUAUUUGUCUUUUCUCCUUUUUCAUCCUACAGAUCUAGAUAUAUAGCUGAUUUCUCGUUGAAACAAAAGUAAACUAUCUCAACCGCAUGGCUUCAUGAUCAUUAAUUAUUCAAUAAUAAAUCAAUUUAUCAACCCCAACGAGCUUUAGGUUUA